UGUCAAUAAAACUGAAGAAGAAGAAGAAGAAGAAGAAGAAGAAGAAGAAGAACGUAGCAUGACCGGAACAGGAAAAUGGCGGAACGUACAGAGUUACGGCAGGAGUCAGUCCUGUAACACCGACUGCAGCCUCCUGAGCAGUGAAGCUGUUGCGAUACCAGUCUGAAACCAGUAUGAACCUCCAGCACCCUGCCUCUCUGAUGCCUCCCGUUCAUCCUGAUGUCCAGAUGAAGCCCCUGCCAUUUUACGACGUGCUGGACGUUCUCAUUAAGCCUUCAAGUCUAGGAGUGAGUACCUCACAGAGGUACCAUCAGGAAAAAUAUUUUAUCUUUGCCUUGACUCCACAGCAAGUUCGAGAAGUAUGCAUAUCACGAGACUACCUACCAGGUGGCAGAAGGGACUACAUGGUUCAAAUUCAACUGAGAUUCGGUUUGUCAGAAACAAGUUGUCUUCAGGAAGACAAUUACCCCAACAGUUUGUGUAUAAAAGUCAAUGGGAAACAGUUUCCAUUACCCGGUUUUGCACCACCACCAAAAAAUGGAGUUGAACAGAAGAGACCAGGAAGACCUCUGAACAUCACAUCCCUCGUCAGACUCUCGUCUGCUGUACCCAAUCAGAUCUCAGUCACAUGGGCACCUGAGGUUGGUAAGAUCUACUCUCUGUCUGUGUACCUGGUGAGGCAGCUGACUUCACCUCUGCUCCUGCAGAGGCUCAGGAUGAAGGGCAUCAGAAACCCAGACCACUCCAGAGCGCUAAUUAAAGAGAAGCUGACAGCAGAUCCAGACAGUGAGGUUGCUACAACAAGUCUCAGAGUAUCACUCCUGUGUCCGCUGGGCAAGAUGCGCCUCACCGUGCCGUGCAGAGCUGUCACAUGUUCUCACCUGCAGUGUUUCGACGCUGCACUCUACCUGCAGAUGAAUGAGAAGAAGCCCACCUGGAUCUGUCCUGUGUGCGACAAGAAGGCUGCGUAUGAAAACCUCAUCAUAGACGGAUUGUUCCUGGAGAUCCUGAACGACUGUUCAGAUGUGGACGAGAUCAAGUUUCAAGAGGAUGGAACUUGGUGUCCAAUGAGACAGAGGAAAGACCCGGUCAAAGUCUCAUCACAGACAGGCGGAACCAUAGAAUCUCCUGUACGCCAUUUGUCAGUGGUACCCCACCCUACUGAAACCAGCUCUACCAAGAAGGCUGAUGUCAUUGACCUGACUAUUGAAAGCUCCUCCUCUGAGGAUGAUGAUGUAGAGAAGGACACAGAUCAUCCAUUGAAGAAACAGUGUCUUUACAUUUCCAAGCAUGAGGAGCUUGAUACAAAGGGAGUGUUGGCCUACCAGCCCCCUGUUCGGAUCCCAAACAUCUCGACCCUGGAUCAGUCCUGUCUAACAUCAACCCUGGCUGAUUAUGCAGUCCCAUUCCAUCCAUCGGCUCUGGCUGCCAUUCCUGCUGACAUGCAGAGUCUGGAUCUGUUUUCAUUGAUCCAGACAGAUCAUCAGCACUACAGAACUCAGACGUUUUUGGACAACCUUCCAGGACCCAUUCAGAGUUCUGCUGUAGCCAGCACCAGCUCCGCUCCUCUUUCCUCCACCAGCCUCUACAAUGCCAGCAGCCACACUGCCAGUUCGAUCCACGAGACGCAGGUCAUUACUGGGGGCCGAGGGGCCGACAGCAGCAUAUCAGAGAUCAUUUCUCUGGACUGAGUCACAGUUCUCUGGACCUUCUUGAAGCUUGUUUCUAAUGUUUUGUACCAUGGACUGUGUGUUUUACACAGCAGACCUGAACAUUUUCACAAUAAUAAAAUUAUAUUCA